UCACGCCGAGCCCGACACUUGCGCACCCGUCGAGCGGCAGCCCGCGAAUGGAGAUCUCCGGUUUGAGCUGCGAGCCCCACAACUGGGCCGCACCCUCUCGCAAUCACCACCACCCUCCCUCCUAUAAGUACACGCCUGCCAUCGCUUUCUACCUUCGUCGCCUUUGAACGCCUCACGAAGAGAGCCGCUCGUCUGCAUCUAUGCAGGCGAGAAAGAGAGGGAGAGAAAACUCGAGAGCAUCCAUAUCUUUCGUGCUCUCCUCCCCCUUCCUCGUCUUAUAGACGCUCGAAGCUCUCUUCUUCCUCCUCCUCAGCAAGCAGUGCAGCGCUGAAGGAAGGAAACAAUAACGUAAGAUGGCGACCGACGGCUACGGAUCCAUCUCCCUGGAGGAGAUCAGGAACGAGACCGUGGAUUUGGAGAGUAUCCCGGUGGAGGAGGUAUUUACGCAACUAAAAUGUAGUCAGGAGGGGCUCACCACCGCCGAAGGGGAGCAGCGACUCCACAUCUUUGGCCUCAACAAGCUCGAGGAGAAGAAGGAGAGCAAGUUCCUCAAGUUCUUGGGCUUCAUGUGGAACCCCCUUUCUUGGGUCAUGGAGAUCGCCGCCAUCAUGGCCAUCGUGUUGGAUAACGGAGGGGGUGAGCCACCAGAUUGGCAGGAUUUCAUUGGCAUCGUCGUCCUCCUGAUCAUCAACUCCACCAUCAGCUUCAUCGAGGAGAACAACGCUGGAAAUGCCGCGGCAGCUCUCAUGGCCGGCCUCGCUCCCAAGACCAAGGUGUUGAGGGAUGGGAAGUGGUCGGAGCAGGAAGCGGCGAUCCUCGUCCCUGGUGAUAUCAUCAGCAUCAAGCUCGGUGACAUCAUCCCGGCUGAUGCCCGACUCUUGGAGGGCGAUCCGCUCAAGAUCGACCAGUCCGCCCUCACCGGCGAGUCCCUCCCUGUGACCAAGAUGCCCGGCAAUGAGGUCUUCUCGGGCUCCACCUGCAAGCAAGGAGAGAUCGAGGCCAUCGUCAUCGCUACCGGAGUGCACACCUUCUUCGGCAAGGCUGCCCACCUCGUCGACAGCACCAACAACGUGGGUCACUUCCAGAAGGUGCUGACGGCCAUCGGGAACUUCUGCAUCUGCUCGAUCGCAAUGGGGAUGAUCAUCGAGAUCAUCGUCAUGUACCCGGUCCAGCACCGGCGGUACCGGGACGGCAUCGACAACCUCCUGGUGCUGCUUAUCGGUGGAAUUCCCAUCGCCAUGCCCACCGUGCUAUCGGUCACCAUGGCCAUCGGAUCCCACCGGUUGUCGGAGCAGGGAGCGAUCACCAAGAGGAUGACCGCCAUUGAGGAGAUGGCCGGCAUGGAUGUGCUGUGCAGCGACAAGACCGGAACUCUCACCCUCAACAAGCUCAGUGUUGACAGGAACUUGAUCGAGGUGUUUGUAAACGGCUUGGAUAGGGACACAGUGGUCCUGUACGCUGCGAGGGCUUCUAGGGUCGAGAACCAGGACGCGAUCGAUGCUUCCAUCGUCGGAAUGCUGGCUGAACCUAAGGAGGCACGAGCAGGGAUCGAGGAGGUCCAUUUCUUGCCGUUCAAUCCGGUUGACAAGCGCACUGCAAUUACCUACAUCGACUCUAACGGCAAGUGGCACCGGUCGAGCAAGGGUGCGCCUGAGCAGAUCAUUGACCUCUGCAACCUGAAGGAUGAUACUAAGAAGAAGGUCCAUGCCAUGAUCGAUAAGUUCGCCGAGCGUGGCCUUCGCGCUCUGGGUGUGGCGAGGCAAGAGGUUCCUGAGGCGAGCAAGGCGAGCGCCGGCGAUCCAUGGCAGUUCAUGGGUCUCUUGCCCCUCUUCGACCCCCCGAGGCACGACAGUGCGGAGACCAUCCGCCAAGCCCUCCACCUUGGUGUCAAUGUCAAGAUGAUCACCGGCGACCAGCUCGCCAUCGCCAAGGAAACAGGGCGGCGGCUUGGCAUGGGAACCAACAUGUAUCCGUCCUCCACGCUUCUUGGCGAAAAGACCGACGACGUCACCGGCCUCCCCAUCGAUGAGCUAAUUGAGAAGGCUGACGGCUUUGCUGGAGUCUUCCCCGAGCACAAGUAUGAGAUCGUGAGGAGGUUGCAGGAGAGGAAGCACAUCUGUGGCAUGACAGGAGACGGGGUGAAUGACGCACCAGCUCUGAAGAAGGCCGACAUUGGCAUCGCGGUGGCGGACGCGACGGACGCUGCCCGUAGUGCCUCGGACAUCGUCUUGACAGAGCCAGGGCUCAGCGUCAUCGUGAGCGCGGUGCUGACGAGCCGUGCCAUCUUCCAGCGCAUGAAGAACUACACCAUCUACGCCGUGUCCAUCACCAUCCGCAUCGUGCUCGGCUUCAUGCUCAUCGCCCUCAUCUGGCAAUUCGACUUCUCCCCCUUCAUGAUCCUCGUCAUAGCCAUCCUCAACGACGGCACCAUCAUGACCAUCUCCAAGGACAGGGUCAAGCCUUCCCCCUUGCCUGAUUCAUGGAAGCUCCGGGAGAUCUUCGCCACUGGAAUCGUCCUCGGUGCCUACCUCGCCAUAAUUACCGUCGUCUUCUUCUGGCUCGUUCAUGACACCGACUUCUUCCCUGAGAAAUUUGGAGUGAAGUCGAUCAGGGACAACAACAACGAGCUGACGGCAGCUCUCUACCUCCAAGUGAGUAUCAUCAGUCAGGCGCUCAUCUUCGUCACCAGGUCGAGGAGCUGGUCCUUCGUCGAACGCCCUGGUUUUCUGCUGGUCACCGCCUUCCUCGCUGCGCAGCUGGUGGCCACCGUCAUCGCCGUGUACGCGUCGUGGGGCUUCGCUAGGAUCGAAGGAAUCGGAUGGGGAUGGGCAGCGAUCAUCUGGAUCUUCAGCUUGGUCACCUACUUCCCUCUCGACGUCCUCAAGUUCAUUAUCCGCUAUGCUCUGAGCGGCAGGGCCUGGGACAACCUUCUCCAGAACAAGACGGCAUUCACCACGAAGAAGGAUUACGGGAGGGAAGAGAGGGAGGCACAGUGGGCUCUGGCUCAGCGCACCCUCCAUGGCCUGCAGGUCCCGGACACCUCAGCACUCUUCAACGACAAUAACAGCUACAGGGAGUUGUCUGAGAUCGCUGAUCAGGCGAUGAGGCGCGCCGAGGUUGCCCGGCUGAGGGAACUAAACACGCUGAAAGGGCACGUCGAGUCCGUGGUGAAGCUAAAGGGACUGGACAUUGACACAAUUCAGCAGCACUACACUGUGUGAAGCAAAAGACAAGGGGAAUAUGAAUAUGCCGCCAUCGGGGUAUA